AUGACGACAAGACGCCAAACCACGAAAUUCGAAGUCCCCAUCCCCUCCCGCGCAAACGGCAGCACGAAACCCUCCGACAUGCAACCAACAACAACCCUCGAAGAAUCCCCUUCCCUCCUCAACUCCCCCUUCCUCCCCACCGCGCUGGAAACCCUCCUCCUAUCCCUCUACCCCCUCACCCUCCUCCUCGGCAGCAUCUUCAGCACCCUGCACCCUUCCACGCGAGCCGCAACCUACAAUCCCAUCGCCCAAGCCUACGACCCUUCCACCGCGCCCUCCUAUUUCGCCCGGAAGGGAAAUCUGUUUAAUGUUUAUUUCGUCAAGAUCGGCUGGUUCUGGAUCACGUUGGCUUUUUCCAGCUUCAUCCUCACGCAUUCGAGUCUGGGGCCGCCGUUGAGGGUGGUGGGGACGAGGAGGAGGUGGCAGGCUGGGGUGCGGUAUGGACUUGUUACGUUGGUGUGGGUGUUUGUGACGCAGUGGUUCUUCGGCCCGCCGAUUAUUGAUCGCUCUUUCACGUGGACGGGGGGCAAGUGCGAGAUGAUUGAGAGUGAGACGCUGGCUGCGCGGCGGGAGAAGGCGGGGAUGAGUCAGGCGGAGAAGGCGUUCACGCAUGCGGCUUGUAAGACGAUUGGGGGGCAGUGGAGGGGUGGGCAUGAUAUUAGUGGGCAUGUGUUUUUGUUGAUACUGGGGAGUGCGAUGUUGUGGUUGGAACUUUUACCCGCGCUGUUGAGGAUGGAGGGGUUGCGUGAGGCGAGGCGGGUUUUGACGAAGGAUGGGCUGGUGAGGAGUGCGGCUAUCGAGACGGACGCUGAUACUGCGGAGGGUAGGAAGGAGGGGAGGAAUAUGAAGAUCCCGGAGGAGACUUCGCUGGGCGUCAAGGCGGCGUUGGGGGUGGCGGGCAUGAGUUGGUGGAUGUUGCUCAUGACGGCUGCGUACUUCCAUACUUGGUUUGAGAAGUUCACGGGUUUGGCCGUGGCGUUUCUGGCGGUGUAUCUGGUUUAUUUCUUGCCUAGGGCUGUUCCGGCAAUGAGGAGGGUGGUGGGGUUGCCGGGUGUAUGA